AUGAUCUACUACCCUUUCAAUGGUGCUGUGUUCAAUCACCUCUUUGUGAUGUCUACUUGGCAAAGAGACCACUAGACCGGUGCCAAGGGUAUAGCUGGAACAGCUCUGACAGCAGUAUACCUGGGAACAGGGGAGCACCAGGAAUUGGCAUGGUGUAUGGUAGUCUUCAUUUUAUCACCUUUGAUGGAAGUGAAUAUACCUUUAAAGCCGUGGGGGAGUAUGUUAUACUUCGUCUCUCCUCCAGCACGGGAUCAAACAUCUUCACUCUUCAAGGACAAACAGUGGCUCUGGUGGUCAAUGGGCAGGCCAAACAGGUACCUGCUCUGGUACGAUUAGCCGCCUUCCACCAGGGUGCUGGAAAGGUUGAGUGGCGAUGUGCUGAAUCUGGGGAUGGGCUUGCGAUCUUGGUUAAUGAUAAGGUCAUUCCUGUGUCUGUUGGAGUGGUGCAUGUAGAGGAGGAGGCCUUCGCAGUGCGCUGUACCUCUGCGAGUCGCUGUGGAGUUGUGUAUGGUGAAGGCCUGAAUGUGGUCGUUUGGAGAGGUGAUGGUGGGAGGUUGUCCGCUCUGGUGGAGGUUCCUCAGAGGUUCUACAAUCGUACACUGGGUUUGCUGGGCCAAUGGAGCUCAAACAGGAUAGAUGACUUCCUGCUUUCUAAUGGCCGUCUGGUGCCUGUUUUAAAUAACAACACUCCUUCGGAGCAGAUUCUGCUUUCCUUUGGACAGUCAUGGGCUGUUCCGGCUCCAGAGAGCCUUCUGUUCUCAGAACCUCCUAGUACUCCAUUCAAUCCGGUCAUGACCGAGCAAGUGAUGUCCUCAGUGAGCCCAGAUGUGCUGGCCAAACACAGCCAGGCUUGCCAGGGCAACAUGCAGUGUGUGCAUGACAUCCUGGCCACAGGAAAUUCAAAUCUCGGCAAGGAUGUUCUAAGAGACCAGCAGCAGCUUCAAAACCUAACACAAAUAUAUGGGAUCAUGCCACCCAUUGUGACAGAGCCACUGGUUAUCAUGUGCAAGGUUAACAGUACAGUUAAAGUUCAGUUCAAGGCCCAGGAUCCAAACAGGGACCAAAUCUUUUUUUCCCUGGCCUUGCCACGCUCUCCACAGGUCACCAUCGGCAGCAGUGAUGGUGUCCUGGUGUGGACCCCUUCAAGUAUUCAGCAAGUGAAUCUGACCAUUCAAGUGAGCGAUCAAACAUCUAGCUCAUUGAUCACACCAGUUCUGCGGCUCUGUAACUGUAUGAAUGGAGGGAGCUGUCAGUAUAACAGUGUGGCCGAGAACCUUUUAUUGGGAAAGUUCCAGAUCGUGGGAUGUCUUUGUCCAGCGGGCUUCAGUGGCAAGUACUGUGAAAACAGAAGUGAUGUGUGUAAAGGCAAACCCUGUUUUCCUGGUGCGGAAUGCAUAAGACAGAAAGAAGCAGACCUGUUUACUUGUGGACAGUGCCCUUCUCCUACUGUAUCCCAGGACAAACAAGGAUACAAAUGCUUUGAAAAUGACUUCUGCCUUCCUCCAUUCCCCUUCCCCUGCCAUGAGAUGGCAGAAUGUACAAGCACUGGCUACAAUUACACAUGUAAAUGUAAACAUGGCUACACUGGAAAUGGACAUGAGUGCAAAGAUAUUAAUGAGUGUCUGAACCCCUCUGCUUGUCCCAAUGCCAAGUUUGAAUGUGUGAACUUGCCAGGAUCAGUGCGGUGCUCAUGCCGUUAUCAGAAAACCAGAGAUACUGAUGGCUGUGGUGAAUCUGCUAAUCCAACAGGCUGGAAUGUUUUUAAUGUGUCUGUGGAUUGGGGGAGUCAGGACUCUGGACAGGGACUGAGUCAGAUGGAGCAGAUCCUGUCACUUGGUUUUCAGAAUAAGUUUUACAAUGCCAGUGCUAAAGCUCCUUCAGCUUCAGGGGGCAGCCAGAGUGAGUACAGAAUCAAUGUAUCCAGCGACACGCCACACUGGUAUGUCAUGGACUACCUGACCCGAGUUAGUCAGUACUACGGCAUCCAUUCAGCCUCUGUUGAGGACCUUGACGAAUGUAAGACAGAUGAGGGUCCAUGUUCGAAAACAGCCCAGUGUGUCAACACUUAUGGUGGUUACAGGUGCUUGUGCAAUGGCACUGAUUUAAAGGAGGAAUCCCAGUCUUGCUUUCCAGAAUGGAAAGGUAACAACCGCACAGACAUUUCCGAUGUGGAGGAUAAGAAGUCGUUCAUUUUGGGGCUGGUCCUGGGCAUCGGCAUCCCUCUUCUACUUCUGCUGCUGUUGGCAGCCCUUGCCUGCUUCUGCUGCUCAAGAAAGAAAACCAUUACUGGGGAUAUUCCUCACCUGCUGCCCGAGUACAUUCAGGAGCACUUCAACCCCCCUUUUAACUUUGAUGACCCCUCUCUGCACUAUAAACCUCAUUGCAGCCCGCGUAUCCUUGAUAACCUCACGCCCAGACACAAGCAUCAGUACAGAUAACACAGCGGACAUUUGUAUUUAAAGGAAACCCCAAAAUGAUAUUUAAUUUGAGAUAGACUGUUGACUUUUUAAGUCCUGUGUGUAAAUAAAGGUGUCCAGGAUGCAUAGCCUCAUUUUACAGUUUUUUACAGACCAAUUUCUUAAUACUUUAGUAAUUUUUGCAAAACUCUUCACACAAAGUCGUCUAUCAGCUUGGCAAAGCAGUUCAUUUCACAUUCAAAAUGCACUACAACUACCAAAACACUUUAUUCAGGUCUCAAAUAAACUCAUUCUUCCAGAACACUAGCAAAGCAAUUACCUAAAAACACUAACAACAUGCUGCAUUACACACAUAACAUUACACACAAGCACAAUUCUCUAUUUAUAAUUGCAAUAUAUAUUGUUUAUAACUGCAGUAUAUGUUACUGGAAUGAAUCAGACAUGAUGCAGAAUUCCUCAAUAUUUUAUUUCAUUUAUUUAUUAAAAUGUUUUUUUGCACUACUGUAAGUACUUUUAAAAUACAAGAGUUUGUAUACACACCAUCCACUGAUACAGAAUAGCAAUGCAUUCAAUAGCAAUAGCAAUCAGGCUGGUUAAACUGCAUUUUUAGAUUUGAUAUAUGUUUCAAUAAAAUAUUGCUGUUGAAUUUUGCUGUCUUUUUCAGUUUUGCAUUAUGUUAUUGUUGUAAACAGAAGUUUAACAGUUUUGAAAACAGUAUAUAAGCACGUGCAAAAUGUCAUUUUUAUGCUCAUUUAGGACAAAUUUAGUUGUGUUUGAAAAAAACCCACCAAGAUCU